CAGCCCCAGCCUGGGAGGAAGUUCUGCCGAGCGCUCUCCGCCGGUUAUAUUGUUGAACAGGAAACAGGGCACCGCGGGAGCAGGGCCGUGGAACAGGCAGCACCGGACGCGGACCCCACGCGCGGCUGCCGGGACAAGUGGAAGCUAGGCCAGCGGGCGAAAGUUCUGAGCUCUGUUCUGUGCGGUUCCUUCGGUCUCAUCCCUUGGAAGUCCCGCCCACAGAGAUGGUAGAGACCUCACCUGCAACCCUCCGCCAGCCCCGCCCAUCCAGUCCAUGGGCAGCCUGAGACCCUCCCAGCUAACUCCCCGCGGGUCUUUGAGCCAAGGUUCCCUGGAGAGUAAAGUUGAAUUCCUAUCAUCCUCAAUUUCCUCACCGCGGAAUCGCAGCGAGACCCACAUCUCACAAUCAACGUCACAGAAUGGAGCCUUAAGACUGGGAGCUUUGGAGAUGAUUUUAUCCAAAUCCCCAUUUCAGAGAUGGAAAAACUGAAGCCCGAAUGCAUUGGGCAAGGGCAGGAGAGGGACUCGAACCCUGGUCUUUGAGCUCCAGUCGCGGUGCUCUUCCCGGCUGCGCGGUCCUGACUUCGGCGGCUCCUCUUGUUGCUCGCAAAAAAAACGCGGUGGCCGCAAUGGCGGCCGACGUCGAAGGGGACGUGUAUGUGCUGGUGGAGCACCCCUUCGAGUACACCAGCAAAGACGGGCGCCGUAUCGUCAUCCAGCCCAACGAGCGUUACCGACUGCUGCGCCGCAGCACCGAGCACUGGUGGCACGUGCGGCGCGAGCCUGGGGGUCGCCCCUUCUACCUCCCCGCGCAGUACGUGCGCGAGCUGCCCGCACUCGGUGACCCUGCCCCGGCCCCGCAGCCUUCCGUGCCGCAGCCGCGCCCCGCAGUCCCGGAGCCUCUGACCUACGACUACCGCUUCGUAAGCACCCCGGUGGGUGCCGAUGGAUCCUCCACCGAGCCCCGGGGACGCGCCAGCUCCCUGUGUGGCCCUGCGCGACAGCGCGCCGGAGGCCAGCGCAGCAGCCUGGCGCCGGGAGGACCCGCCUGCCUGUACGUGCGGCCCGCAGCGCCGGUGCGACCGGCGCAGUCGCUGGACGACUUGGCCCGCGGCGGCACCGCGCCCCCUGCCGGCCUCCUCGGUAGCGCCGGCCACUUCAAGGCCUCCAGCGUGGCGGGCUCCUGGGUUUGCCCGCGGCCCCUGGCGCGCAGCGACUCGGAGAACGUCUACGAGGCCAUCCCGGACGUGCGCUGUCCUCCGCGGGAGGAGAGACCCAAGCAGGUGGAUGACCCCCCGGAGCCAGUGUAUGCGAAUGUAGAGAGGCAACCUCGGGCCACUUCGCCGCGCUCCGCUGCAGUUCCUCCUCGGCUCAGCCCAGUGUGGGAGACGCACACCGACUCGGGCACUGGGCGCCCCUACUACUAUAACCCCGACACGGGCGUGACCACCUGGGAGUCACCCUUUGAGGCCUCUGAAGGCGCCACCAGUCCGGCCACCUCCCGAGCCUCUGUGGGCAGCGGGGAGAGCCUGGAGACAGAGUGGGGUCAGUACUGGGAUGAGGAGAGCCGCAGGGUGUUUUUCUACAACCCUUUGACGGGUGAGACUGCCUGGGAGGACGAGACUGAGGACCUGGAGGAGGAGCCCCAGGAACCGCUGGAGAUGCAACCCAGCCUGAGCCCGCGAAGCCCGGGACUUCAGAGGCCCCCGACUCCUGAAACAGACUACCCCGAAUUGCUGAGUAAUUACCCCGAAGAGGACUAUUCUCCUGUGGGCUCCUUCAGUGAUCCUGGCCCCACUUCUCCCGUGGCUGCACCCCGUGGCUGGUCCUGUCACAUUACCGAAGACAAGCAGACGCUGUACACCAACCAGUUCACUCAAGAGCAGUGGGUGAGGUUGGAGGACCAGCAUGGGAAGCCAUAUUUCUACAACCUAGAGGACUCCUCUGUGCAGUGGGAGCUGCCCCAGGUCCCCAUCCCCGCCCCUCGGAGCGUUCGCAAAUCAAGCCAGGAUAGUGACACUCCAGCCCAGGCUAGCCCUCCGGAGGAGAAGAUCAAGACCCUGGACAAGGCCGGAGUGCUCCAUCGUACCAAGACAGUGGACAAGGGGAAGAGACUUCGGAAAAAACACUGGAGUGCCUCCUGGACGGUGCUGGAAGGUGGCGUCCUGACCUUCUUCAAGGACUCGAAAACCUCAGCUGCGGGCGGCCUGAGGCAUCCUUCCAAGCUCUCGACCCCAGAGUACACAGUCGAACUGAAGGGGGCCUCUCUCGAUUGGGCCCCCAAAGACAAAUCCAGCAAGAAGAAUGUGUUAGAGCUGCGAAGCCGAGAUGGCUCAGAGUACCUGAUCCAGCAUGACUCGGAAGCCAUCAUCAGCACCUGGCACAAGGCCAUAGCCAAAGGCAUCGAGGAGCUGUCCACAGACCUGCUCCAGGGGGUGGAAGGUGAGCCCAGCAGUGCUGAUUUCGGGUCCAGCGAUCGCCUGGGAAGCUGGCGGGAGGAGGAUGUGCAGCAGAAUGCAGCCUCACCUUCCCCGAGCCCUGGAGGCCUGGAGAGCGACUUGAGCAGGGUCCGGCACAAGCUCCGUAAAUUCCUACAGAGAAGACCCACUCUGCAGUCUUUGCGGGAAAAGGGCUACAUCAAAGACCAGGUGUUUGGAUGUGCGCUGGCUCAACUGUGUGAGCGCGAGAGGAGUCCCGUGCCACGCUUCGUGCAGCAAUGCAUCCGCACUGUCGAGGCCCGGGGGCUGGACAUCGACGGGCUGUACCGCAUCAGUGGGAACCUGGCCACCAUCCAGAAACUGCGCUAUAAGGUGGAUCACGAUGAGCGCCUGGACCUGGACGACGGGCGCUGGGAGGACGUCCACGUGAUUACGGGCGCAUUGAAGCUCUUCUUCCGGGAGCUGCCAGAACCCCUCUUCCCCUUCUCGCACUUCCACCAGUUCAUAGCAGCCAUCAAGCUGCAGGACCCAGUCCAGCGCAGCCGCUGUGUACGUGACCUGGUGCGCACGCUGCCCACCCCCAACCACGACACGCUCCGACUGCUCAUCCAGCACCUGUGCCGGGUGAUCGAGCAUGGCGAGCAGAACCGUAUGUCCGUGCAAAAUGUGGCCAUAGUGUUCGGGCCCACUCUGCUGCGGCCUGAGAUGGAGGAGGCCAGCAUGCCCAUGACCAUGGUGUUCCAGAACCAGGUGGUGGAGCUCAUCCUACAGCAGUGCGCAGAUAUCUUCCCGCCGCACUGACUGCGGACCCUGGGUGGCUGGAGGCCAUGAGGCUGGACCUCCUCUGAGGCUCUCCGCUUCCCACCCCGCUGCACUGUGACUUCUACAUCCCUCAAUUCAGAGGGUACGGUGACCCCCUUCAUGACCCCAGUUCAUGAAAUGUGAUUUCUCCCUGCUGUAUCCCUAUUUGGGGUUCCUUAGGGCCCUUUCUUGAUUACAGCGCCGCCUAUUGUGCAAAUGCGAGAAUGUUCCAGGGAGUCGGGGCGGAUGAGUGCUUCCUAGGGCCGCGGUUGGGAGGAGAUUGGAUGAAGGCAUUCUGGCUUCCACAGGCCUGCAUCUGGCCAGGCCUUGAUGGAGACUCUGUAGGCCCCGCGCUAUGCAGGAGGUCCUGCGCUAGUCAUGAAGCAGCUACGGACACUGUCCCUGCUGUCAGGGGAGGACUGAUCCUGGCCGCCAGCCCAGGCCACUGACUGCUUUCUUCAGCCUUAUGCUCCCUUGCCACACUGCUGCAGGCCACCUGCGGGCUUUUCCUCCGGGCUUUUCCUCCGCGUUGCUCUCUCCCUGGGCCACCCCUGUUCUCUCCAUGUUCCUCAUGCCCACCACAUGCUUACCCCGCGCCCACUAUGCAUGAUUCCAGGGAACUGGGGCUUGCAGCAAAAGUCAAACGACUUCAGGUUCCAAAGGUGAUCUGAAUCCCUGCAAAGGCUCUCGCCACAGCAAACCCAGCCCCUAGAGGAGGAAGUGGUUCCCCGCCCCCUCUGCAGCACUGCGGAUGGGCAGAGCAGAGCAAACCACCAGGAGCACCCUGCAUGGGCUGGGGGGGGGGGCGGGUGUCCCUUCAGGCAACAGGGAACCUACCACAGCUGUUCUGGGGGAAGAAAAACAGCACAAAUAGAAGCCCCCAACCUCUGCCUGCACCCUGACUGUGCCUACCGGGUACUCACUUGCCGUGCAGAGCUGGGAGGUGCCCACUGGAGAAAGGUCACAGCCUCGGGCACAGAGAGUUGAGCACGUGUCAGCUUCCCCCCUCCCCAUGCACACACCACCUCAGUUUAUGGAUCUGAGCCCCUAGCUCCACCAACCCUCACUAACUCAACAAACAAUAAUAGCUAAUAUUUAUUGAGCGUUCAUACCAUGCCAGCCUUUUACUCCGAUUUCCCCCUUGUUUCUUGCAGUCAAUAUUUAUUGUGGGCCCUCGUGUGCCAGGCACUGUGCUCUGGGGCUUUCUGGAGCUUAGGGCCCAGUGAGUAAGGCUGAGGCAAGCCCAGCCCUGAUGCUAGCAGGGCCAAGAAGAGAACAAAUGGAGGCCUCCCACCAUACACCUCAUAUUUAAAGUCUUAAGGCAACCUAACAACUGCUAAAUAAAAUACGUUUAU